CGUUGGGCAUUCAUUGUGAAAUUGCAACUCAAAAUUGAAACAAGCACAGACCGAGACGGUUAAACGGAUUUUUAAAGCGCGCUGCGUAAACGUGAAAAGAAUUUCAUAAUCAAAAGUUAAUAGACCGCAAAUUGCCGAGGAAUACAAUCAACGGGCAAACGCUAAUAACAGCAACAAAAGCAACAAUAAACAAAGCAGUGAUACCACAACACACAAAAGUGCCACACACAAACUAUACAAACAUUGAAGCAAAAAAACUUUGCCACAAACCAAAAGUGCAAACAGAAGCUGUAAAAAUAGCUCAAAAUCAAGUGACAAGCUCCGAAAUUAGCAACUCAUACAAAAUGGUCGUUGAGGAAUCUGUCAACAUGCACUACACACACAACCACAACAUGGAAUUGGCCGAUUGCGAUACGCCAAUCGGUCGCACCGUCAAAUCAGCUCUUCUGCGAGCCCAAUCUGAAUCUCGAGUGAUCGUCGGACUAUCAGCAGCCAUCAAUGUGCUCUCCAAGUCACCGGAGGGUUCACUCUUCUGCCUGAUGGCCGUGCCCAAGGACGGCGAUUCAGCCACACACAUGCACGAGGUGCUACUGGAGGCGUUUUGCUACGAGAACGACAUCUAUGUGAUCAAGGUGGACGACGCCACCAAGCUGAGCCGCAUUUUGGGCCAGGAAAGCAUCGAAUCAUGCUGCCUGGUGCAAAAGACCUGGGCUGGCGAUCAGAUCGAGGAGCAUCUGAACAAGGCCGAGAAUCAAUUGGUCGACUACUGCGAGGCCCAUUGGGAUGCACCACAACAUCCCAUCGUUCAGCUGCCAGUCGUAUAAACUAUGAGAUGGAUCAGACGAUUUAAUUGAACAGCCCGUUACAGUGGGGCAAAACAUGGUUUAAAUUGAUGCAACAACCAAUAAGAACAGCAACCAGUUAAGACAAGGUUAAUGUACCCAAAACGUUUGGAGAGUUCUGCGGAAACCGACGUAUUGGGACAUAUCCCAAUUACAUAUACAUAUUAUAUAUCAUAUAAUAUACAUACACAUACAUAUGUAUAAGUGUAUAUAGGAGGAGCGGCUUAAUCAGAAGAGUAGCUGCGACGAUGGCCAAUUAUCAUACGCUAGAUUGAAGGAGAGUGAAGGAGAGAGCAGAGAUCGUGAGAGGCAGCCGACGACCUUCGUUGGAGCAGCAUCAACAGCAGCAGCAGCCGAGAAUGCAAUGGAACUUGCAGCAGUCACAACAACAAUACCAACAACAACUACGGCUGCUGCGGAAGUGCGCCUCACACACACCAUCACACUCUGGGACUUACACUCUCUGGCUCUCUCUUUAAUCUGGCAGCAAUUUCGCAACCAGAGGCAAAUACAAUUCAUACACGCACACAACCACAAAGCCAUGCGCACACACAUAAGCGCGUGACCAGCUGCUGGUUUUUUUUUCAUCCAGUUCGCUUUAAGCGUAAAACAAAUUAUUAAAUAAUUGAGAUUUACGAUGAACAGAUUUCCAUUCUAAUUGUUAAACAUAAACAAAAAGAAAAAUACAACACAAAAAAAAAUGUAUUGUAAUUUGUAUUUUAAAGUUAAAGUUUUGUUAUGUUAGCUUUUCUUAAAAACCAGCGUAUUAAUAAAUACAAAAGAAAGUACAACAAAAAAAUGUUAUUUAAUUUUAAGAAAAAAUUAAAAAAAGAAUUUUUGAAAAAAAAAAAAUAUAAAUAAAAAUUAUAAAAAAAACCAAAAACUUUUCAGUCUUAUCAAUUUCAAAUUUUCAGCUCUUUUUUACAGCGAUUUCUGAACUUUGCUUGAAUGACGAACUUAUUGGUUAUCUGUCAAAAUUACAGAUAAGACCAAGUUUAGGGGAAAAAACUUUGGAAGAUCAAAGAACAAACAGAACAUUGUUUUAGCAUUUGGGGAAUUCUUUGUACCUUUUGAUAUGAUGUUGAAAUUUUCCCAAUAUCUUGGAAAUAAAAUGAAAAUAAAGUCCUAAAACAUUUUAGACGCUUUUACCAAUUUUCAGAUAGAAGUUUUUCAAUAUUUCUGGUGUGACGAACACACCAAAAAUUAUCCUGACGUCAAGCAUAACAAAUCUCUUAAGCAUAGAUAUAUCAAAAGCUGGUGGAAGUGAUCCAUCUAUUGGCCACAUUAUCAACGGUGUUUCCCCAAUGAAUCGACAAACAGAGGCACGUUCUUAUCAAUAAUACUCGCUAAAUUAAGUGAACAUAAUUGCUCGGAAUCGCUACAGCAAACUGGAUCCGAGCAGCUGUCCCGUAAAAUGCUACCAGAUUGCCAGCCAUGGCAAUUAAAUAAUCGUAUGAGCAUUGGCACGUUUCGGCCACCGAGAUUUGAAUGUUAAUCAAUGUCCAGACAGCUCAGACAAUCGUGCCAAACAAUUUGGAAAAAUUUUAAGCAGCUCAGCAAACGUUUCCAUAUGAUCCCUUGUUUGAUUGGCUUGGAUACAAAAUUAUAGGUCAGAUCGCUUAGAGACAACGAAAGAAGUAGCAGAAUCAUUCGACCUCUUCUUAAAGAUAAUUAUAUAAUAAAUCUUUCUGAUUUUCAUUCCUAGGGUACGAAAUAAUUGAAGAGUGCAUUAAUUAGCUUUACUACUGUUUCACACGUAUCUAAUGAAAGUAUAGUUUACUUACAAUAUUUAUAUGGGAAAUUAACUAAUUGUAUGUAAUUAAGGAAAUGAUUUACUCAAAGCGGUUCGCUAACCUGAUAAUUAGAUAAGCGGCAUCCAAAGUACUAGCACCAGACAAAGUGUUAACUAAGGCCCUCUGUUUGAAUUAUCAAUACUCGAUACUCAUGACUUUGGUACUUGAUUAAUAAUUCAAUCGAAGUACGCCGGACUUUACACCUUCACAGUCUGCGGAUCCACGUAAAUUUAGCGUUAAUUCCAAAGAACAAGAUCUCACACUCAUUAUGAUUCGCUCUCAUCUCAAUUGGAAUUGGCCGAGUCAUGCGAUAUAUUGAGUAAUGAGACAUGUGCUCAUUGACUCUGAGCAACUGAAUUGAAUUUGGUUUUGCAUACAAGGGGAAUACCUUUUACCCAUAUUGCAAAACAAUAACCGGCACUUGUUCAAUGUUCGGUGUUUGGUGUAAAAAGGCAUUAGGUGUAUAAGAGGCCUAACCUCAGAGAAAUCUCUGGGGGUAGUUCACAUUUACUCAAUUGUGUUUGCUCAAUAGCGGGAAGCAUUUAGCGUGACUUGCGAUGCGAAUCUGAGAAUGCAAAAUGAUCGAUAUGAAAACGGAGGCUGAAGCAGCAGUUGUCAAGGCAGACGACCCCCGGCCCGUCUCGGCCUGGCCCGGGCCAAAGACUGAACAAGAUUGAACAUGACAGAGUGCAAACUUCACAAACGACAAUGGUGAUGUCGUUGAAGGUAAAUGAUUCAUAUAAAUAACGCUGCUGCCGUUUUGGUGCUAUCCCCAAAAUUAGCAUAUUCUAAACUGAGAUCGUAUAUACGUCAAAUGGAAUAACCGUAGCCACAAAUACCGCUCAGAGCAAACUAGUUUGAUACGUGAUUGCUCAGCGAGAAACGCAAACCGAACAUCGAACAGCGACUCAAAACCCAUUAACUCUCCACACCGAUACUCAACGUGAGACCCAGCUGAAGCGAUGCCAACCACUGUAUGUACAUGUGAUUGCCAUGAAAGCGUGCUAAUUACGAGGCGUGCACCACUUGAGCUCAGCGCUGAGCGAUUUUUUUUUUUUCAAGAGAGAAUCAAUAUACUUGGGACUAGAUUUAACGCGUAUUUAACUGUUAUUUGUUUUGAUUUUAAUAAUUCCGUUUUAAGCUGGAAAACUUGUUUUUACUUGUAAAUACGAAUUAUUAUAAAUUUUAUUGUUGUUUUUUUUUUUUUAUUAUUUGCGUACGAACGUUCGUGCCAUUGUUGUUUGUGUUGAUGGCGUUUUCCUCAUAAAUGCGAAUAUAAAACAAGUCGCGUUAUCAAUUUGCUGUAUGCUCCCAAACACGGAUUACGCCUCUGUACUAUCUCUGGGGAUUUCUACGGAAUUGCUGUCGCUGUUUGGCAAAAACCAAGAGAACACUAAAACCAGAGCAAACGAUAACAAAGCUUAGACGAGUGCCGUUUACU